AUGGUCAUGGUCGAUGCCAUCGCGGUGUUCCUGCUUGGCCUGUUGCUGGGGGUAGCACUCGGCUUCCUUGUUUCCCGGCGGUUCCUGGCCAAGACUCAGACUGCAAGGCCCUCGGGCGCGGGCCGGCGCCCGGCAAAGGGCGAGGUGAAGAUGGUGCUCCUGGUCCGCACAGAUCUGGGCAUGCAGAAAGGCAAGAUUGCUGCACAAUGCGGGCAUGCUGUCUUGGGCGCUUACAAAGCUGCCAUACACCAAGAGAACAUCUACUUGGAGCCCUGGGAGCGCUCCGGUCAGAUGAAGAUUGCUCUGAAAGUCUCCAGCGAGGAGGAACUCUGCGACUUCCACACGCGGGCCGAGAAGCGGGACCUCUCCUGCUACACCGUGAGAGACGCUGGUCAUACUCAAGUGGCACCACAUUCUCGCACAGUCUGUGCAAUCGGGCCUGCUUCUUCUGUCGCCCUUGACACCCUAGGCUGCAACAGCCUGAAACUCCUGUGA